AUGUAUCGAAAGAUCUGUCUCGAAGACCAUGUAGAAUACCCUAACUCCCUUAAAUAUCACUUCGGCCAUGACCGUAAGCCAUCAGCACUAGAGCGAUUCUUAGCAUCCGAAUCUCUUGAAAAUGCGGCACACGUAUUUGCUAAGGCCGCGAUUGGAAAGCUCGCAAAAUUGCUUGCUACGAGGCACGAUGGUGCAUCUGUUGACCGCAACAAGCCAUUGCAGGCAUAUGAGGUUGGCUCUCUACUGGCCAUCAAGCGUCGGAAUUUGACAUUCAAUGAGUUUAAUGCAGGUAUGGCAGUCGAGACUCAAGGAACUUCGGUGUUUGGAACCAGCAUGUUGGUUGCAGGAAAAAGCAGCAUCAAACACGAAAAAUGGUCAAUGAUAGAGUAG